AUGACUUCAUUGACGCGUAUAUUUGGAUCGCUUAAAGGGUCGCUUAAGUCGGCUUACAACAAUAUCAAUCCGUCCACACUUACUGGUGCAAUUGAUAUUAUUGUCGUUAAACAAGAAGAUGGAACACUUCGAUGUACUCCAUUUCAUGUUCGUUUUGGUAAAUUAGGUGUUCUAAGAAAUCAACAAAAUAAAGUAUAUAUAACUAUAAAUGGUAAUGCAGUUGAAGAUUUAUUUAUGGAAUUAGGCGAAGCUGGAGAAGCUCUAUUUAUCGAAGAAGAAACUACUACACAAAAUCUUUCACCAAAUCGUCAUUUAGAACCAUCGGAUAGCAGUAUAUUUCUUGAUCCUGAUGGUGCUAUAUUAACAAAUUCUCAUCCUCAAUUAUCAAUUAUUGAUUGUACACCACAAAUUAUUAAUAAACAACUUGAUGAAGAAAAAGCACAUGAAAAUAAUGAAUCAUCAGUACCAAAAUAUGCUUAUGAACAACCAUCAAUAUCAUCUAUUAAUGUUGAUGUAUUAAAUUCUAAUGUAAUUAUAUCAAAUCGUCAUCAGCAAAGACGACGAACAAUAAAUCGUAUGGAACAAAUUCAUAAAGAUUUAAAUCAUGAUGAAGAUCAAGAAGUUGAAAAAAUAUUUUCAUCAAAUUCAAAUUCAUCACGUUUACGUCGACGUACUUCAACAUCAAUAUCUAUGAAUGAUAAAUUAACAAAUAAUAAAAAUAAUAAACAAAUAGGUUUACCAUUAAAACUUUCACGUCGACAUAGUGCAAGUGAAAAUGAUUUACUUCUAUUUGAAAUUGAUGGUGAUGAAAAAGAAUCAACAUCAUCUCCACCAUUUGUUGAUGCACAUAGUCGAAUGAAUAGUAUUGAUAGUCGAAAAAAAUUAUUCAUUAUUCCACCAAGAACAUCUAAUGAUAUUGAUGAUGAUGAUGAAAGUUAUAGUAGUAGUUUAGAAGAUGAUAAUAAUAAUGAUAAUUCUGAUAGAAAUAUAAGAACAUUAUCAAAUCCAAUACCAAUUGAACAAAAAUCAAUAAUAAAUGAUAUAACACCAACUACAGAUGAAUCAAAUUCAUUAAUUAAUACAAUUUUUUCUCAAUCAGCACCAAUAACAAUUAAUGAUAAUACUAUUCCAAUUCGAAUGACUCAAUCAACUGAUUCAGCAUCAUUUUAUUUAAAUGAAAGUUAUUCACCGGCAACUUCAUAUGAAAAUUCUAUGGUUCUUCGACCACCAAGUCCACAAUCUGAUACGGAGUAUGAAUUAGAUAAAUCAUCACAACAAUCGGUAAGAAAUAAUCGAACAAAUUCUGUAUGGCAAUGGAAAUGGGGUGAAUUUCCUGAACAAAGACGAAGUGUAUUUAGAUAUUUAUGGCCAUCAUCAUCAUCAUCAUCAUCAAAACAAAAGACACCUAAAGAAGGAAUGUAUCUUGAUGAUAUAACAAAUAAUAAAUGUGAUGAUCGUUCACGUUAUUUACCUCAAAUGGAUUAUCAUCUUAAUCAACCAAGAACUCCAAAUGAUGAUGAUCAAGAAUCAGGUACAGGCAAUUCAAUACCACAUUCUCCAAUUCGAGAAUAUGAAACUUCUUAUCUUCUCGGUGAUGUACAACUUUCAUUAUGUGGAAAUUUGGAUAAACCAUCAUUGAUAACAGAUGAUUUAUUUUAUGCACAUCUUAUUUCAUAUGAAAAAUUUGCUAAUAAUCCAUCAAUCAUCAAUGAUCCAAAUUUAGUUGUACGUAUUGGUGGAAAAUAUCAUAAUUGGAAUGUAGCUUCAGCACUUAUUGCUUCGGCUAGUGUCUAUCAUAAACAAUUACCACCUGAAAUUGUUGAACAAUUACAAAAAAAACAUAUGAUACCAACUACACCACGUACAACAGGUGGUAUUAGUUUGUGGCCAUUUUCUGGCAAAAAUUCUAAUACAAAAACUGAAACUACUUCAUCAGCAGGAGCAGAAGCAUUGGCUUUAGUUGUAAAAUCCGAAAUUUUUCCAACUAUAUUACAAAAUCAAAAUUCUAAUCGAAAGAAUUCUAUUGAUACUGAACAAGCAGAUCAUGAAGUAAGAAAAUUAACCCAUAAAAUGGAAAGUCAACAAUCAAUUUCAACAAAAAAGAAAACCAUGAUUCUUACAUCAGAUCAAUUAAAACAACUUAAUCUUAAAAGUGGUAGAAAUCAAGUUGAAUUUAGUGUUACAACAGCUUUACAAGGUACAACUAUAGUUGAAGCAAAUAUAUUCUUUUUUGAUUAUAACACAAAAUUUGUUAUAUCAGAUAUUGAUGGUACUAUAACAAAAUCUGAUGUCUUUGGUCAUAUUUUUCCCUUAUUUGGUAAAGAUUGGUCACAUGAUGGUAUUGCAGAAUUUUUUCAAGCUAUUCAAGAAAAUGGUUAUCAAUUUAUUUAUUUAUCUGCUCGUGCUAUUGGACAAAGUCGAGUAACAAGAAAUUUUUUACGCAGUAUUAAACAAUGUGGUUUUGCAUUACCCAUUGGUCCAUUACUUAUUUCACCUGAUACAUUAGUAACUGCACUUUAUAGAGAAGUAAUUGCAAGAACACCCGAAGAUUUUAAAAUUGAAUGUUUAAAAAAUAUUGCAAGUUUAUUUCCAGAUAAAAAUCCAUUUUAUGCCGGUUUUGGUAAUCGAUUGAAUGAUCAAUGGGCAUACACAGCUGUUGGAAUACCAGAGACUCGUAUAUUUACAAUAAAUCCUCGUGGUGAAGUUGUUCGACAAAAAUUAUCACAAGUAUUAUGUACUUCAUAUAAAAAUUUACAUGAAGUAGUUGAUCAAGUAUUUCCUCCAAUGGAUUCAUUUUCUGCAAGUGAAUCUUAUUCAUCAUUUACAUUUUGGCGUAAAGAACCAAUAAUAGAUUCAUUAGAAAAUGAAAUGCGUCAACAUGUUGAAGAAAUGCUCGCACGACAAAAAUCUAAAGGCAAAGGAUCAACAUCUGGUUCUCCACCAAAGACAACACCUACAACAACAUUAACAAAAGGAGCUGGUGAAAAAGUAUUAACAAUUGCUCAAGCAACAGAAAAUACAGUGAAAAAACCAUAG